UUUUUUUUUUUUUCAAAAAAAAUAAUUUAUUUGCUAGUCCAAAAUUCGAAAAUUCUCCUUCACCAUUUGUUGCCUCCUUUGGUGGUUCAUCUUAGAAAGGAAUUAAACUUUCUUUUUCUCCUUGGAAUUAAAAAUCAAUGAUACAAUCUCUCAAGUUAGGCCUAUACAAUUUCAUCACUCCCAAUAGUGUAGGAGUAAUUUUAAGGAAACCCAAGUUUCAAGUUUUGGUUUCUGUGAAUUUGAGAAUAAUGGGGUCUAGAAAAAGGCUCUUUUCAACCUCAUCAGCUACUGCACAAUCAAAUGAACCAGUAAGUGUUGCAGCUGAAAAGGGUGUUUUAAAGGAAAAUAGUAGCAAGAGUAGGGGGAUUCUUGUGGAGGAUAUGGAAAUAGUAGAGAAAGAACCAAUGACUGUUGCAGCUGAAAAGGGUGUUUUAAAGGAAAAUGAUGGUACGAGAGGGGAAAUUCUUGUGGAGGAUAUGGAAACAGUCGAGAAAAUGACAGUUCCUCAGCUCAGAGUAAAACUUAGGAGUCUUGGGAUUCCUUCCAGAGGUAAGAAGCAAGAGCUUGUUGCUUCUUUGAAGUCUUUUCUCGACGACAAACUUAAUGGCAAUGGAUCGGUGGCACAAGAGGUUCAAAUAUCAUCUGACGAGAGUCUAGAAGUAGCAGAUAACACUUCAAAGAAGAAGUCUAGAAAAGUGUCGAGUAAGCAUCAUGACCAAACCGACGUUGCAUCAGAGGUUCCUAGUACUAGGCAGACGAAAAAACGAGUGAAAAAAGACCACAUCAAGGAUACUAGUGCUGAAAUUGUUGCUAAGCAAGCUGAAGUUACCCAAGAGCUUUCGAUUGAAUCUAAUGACAUCAAAGGCAAGAAAAAAGUACGAGCAAAGAAAAAAGUUUCAUCAGCGACUGCUUCAGCACACAUUGGAGUUUCUGAGGGCAUUGAUCUUUCGGUAAAUCAAGAUGAACCUUGGACUAUUUUUGCCCACAAGAAGCCAAAAGAUGGGUGGAUUGUAUACAAUCCUAAAACAAUGAGGCCAGCACCUCUCUUGAAGGAUACAAAACAUGUUAAGUUGUUGUCUUGGAAUGUCAAUGGCUUGAGGGCCCUUUUGAAGUUAAAGAAACUUUGCAUACAACAGCUUGCCGAUAAAGAAGAUUUUGAUGUACUAUGCUUACAGGAGACAAAACUCCAGGUUAUUGGAGUGAAUGUAAGUAAGGGAAAUGGUAAAGGCGUAAGUUUCUUAUGCUUUUGGAGUUUGGACAUUCUGGAGAAAGACGUUGAAGCAAUCAAAGAAACUCUCCACAACUAUAAGAAUAGCUUUUGGACGUGCAGUGUCGCUAAGCUUGGGUAUUCUGGUACGGCAAUCAUCUCACGGAUUAAACCACUUUCUAUCAAAUAUGGUCUCGGCAUACCUGAUCACGACACUGAAGGACGACUUGUCACGGUGGAAUUUGAUGACUUCUAUUUACUGUGUGGAUAUGUUCCAAAUUCUGGCGAUGGACUAAGACGAUUGACAUACAGAAUUACGGAGUGGGAUCCUUCUCUCGGCAAUUACAUGAAAGAGCUAGAAAAGUCAAAACCAGUUGUUUUGACCGGUGAUCUAAAUUGCGCCCACGAGGAGAUAGAUAUAUAUAAUCCCGCGGGAAAUAAAAGAAGUGCAGGCUUUACCGAAGAAGAAAGACAGUCCUUCGAGACAAACUUUCUAAACAAGGGGUUUGUAGAUACAUUCCGGAAGCAGCAUCCUGGUGUCGUUGGUUACACUUACUGGGGUUAUCGUCAUGGUGGACGUAAAACUAACAAAGGAUGGCGGCUUGACUACUUCCUUGUCUCGGAAUGCAUUGCUGACAAGGUGCAUGACUCGUACAUUCUCCCAGAUGUCGAUGGCAGUGACCACAGUCCCAUCGGCCUUGUCCUGAAGCUAUCGUAGGUUCCCAGUACCAAGUGCCGGACCAUCUUUUUUGCGAAUUCCAACAUCUUUGAUGUCUUUCGAGGAAAGAAGAAAACGCGAAUAUUUGGCUCAUAAGUAUUUCGACAUAUGAAUGGUGAAUCCAGUUUUUGAAGUGGCGUACUGGAUUCUAGUAGGGGUCGAGCUUGAAUACCAGGCGCUACAACGCUGAAGUAGUAACCCAUGCCAUACUCAUUUGUUCUGCUAUUUUUGAUGUUUUGUUUUGAGUAACAAAGUGAGCUACGUUGCUCGGACUCUUCAAGAAUAUCGACAGUUGCGUAUCGGAUCCUCCAGAAAUAGUGUAAUUUUGAAUUAUCCGAUACGAGUACGACAACAUAUUUGGUAAGUCCAGCAACUUAGGGAGUGAACACUCAAGUAAAAAUUUGAGAGGGGACAUAUUGAACUUUUGUUUUUUGUUUAACCAUCGGGUGUACGGAAUUCACUGAUCCGAUUAAUUUGAAUUCACGUUCGUAGAAAGCCGUGUUUUGACGUG